AUCGAUCCCGCCUCCUUGCCUCCUUGGACGCCUCGACAAUGGUGACUUCACUCCCGCUCAGCCUCCUAGCGCCGGUAUACAGCUUUGUCUCCAGCCACCGCCUAAGCCUCGCCGCCUUCCCCUUCUCGGCCACGGCCGCGCUGCGUCUCACCGCCUGGCUCUACCCCACUGUAAGCAGCGCCGUCCAUCACUGCACCCCACUCUAUGCCGGCCUCACUUUGCUCGCCGUCGUACUAGUCCUCUACAUCAGGUCGACCAGGGUGCGCGCGGUGUACCUCGUGGACUACGCCUGCUUCCGGCCGCCGGCCGCCCUCCGCGUGCCGCUCUCCAAGUACAUCGAGCACACCGGGCUCGCGCCGUGCUUUGACGACAAGAGCGUCGGCUUUCAGUCGCGCCUCAUCGAGCGCUCGGGCUUCGGCGAGGAGACAUGCCUCCCGCCGGCCUGCCACGUCAUCCCUCCGGAGAAGACGCUCAAGGCGGCCCGCGCCGAGGCCGAGCAAGGGAUAUUCUCCGCCGUCGAUGCCGUUCUCGCCAAGACCGGCGUCGGCGCCGAGGACAUCGGAGUGGUGGUGGUGAACUGCACGCUGUUCGCCCCAACGCCGUCCAUGGCUGACAUGGUGGUGCGCAGGUACGGGCUCCGCAGCGAUGUCCGGUGCUUCAGCCUUUCCGGGAUGGGGUGCAGCGCCGGGAUAGCCGGCAUCGGGCUGGCGGAGAACAUCCUGCAGUGCGACAGCAGGUGCACGUACGCGCUCGUGGUGUCCACGGAGAUUCUCACCUCGGAUUACUACUCCGGCAACGAGCGCGCGAUGCUGCUGCAGAACUGCCUCUUCCGGAUGGGCGCGUCCGCGGUGCUGCUGUCCACGUCCCGCGCGCGGGCGCGACACGCGCAGUACCGCCUCGCCCGGGUGGUGCGCACGCACGCGGGGCACGACGACCGCGCCUACGGAUGCGUGCAGCAGGAGGACGACGCGGCGGGCGAGCGCGGCAUCGCGCUGUCCAAGGAUGUCAUGCCCGUGGCCGGUGACACGCUGAAGGCGCACAUGACCACGCUCGGGCCCCUCGUGCUCCCGGCGUCGGAGCUCCUUGCGUACGCGCUCUCGCUCGCGAGGCGCAGGCUGCUGCUCAUGGCGGGGCAGAAGGACAGCAGCAAGCCGCGCGUCCCGGACUUCCGCAUGGCGUUCGAGCACUUCUGCAUCCACGCGGGCGGCCGUGCGGUCAUCGACGAGCUGCAGCGCGGCCUCGGGCUGUCGGACAAGCAGGUGGAGCCGUCGCGCAUGGCGCUGCACCGGUUCGGCAACACGUCGAGCAGCUCGACGUGGUACGAGCUGGCCUACCUGGAGGCCAAGUGCCGCGUGCGCAAGGGAGACCGUGUGUGGAUGGUCGGGUUUGGUUCAGGGUUCAAGUGCAACAGCGCAGUGUGGGUGUGCAUCCGGUCGCCGGUUCCUCUGGACAGCGGGCCAUGGGAGGGCUGCAUGCAUCGUUACCCGGUGGCCGCGGUCCAGCGAGACUGAUUUGCGUUGGUGGCCGUGUGCCCUGCUCCUCUGCUGUUUGAGAGACGAUCCUUACUGUUUGAGAGACGAGUAGAAUUAUUAUUACGAUCCCACGAAUAUAGUAUCGAUUGAGAUUUAGUAGUCCCGUUAUUAUUAUUUUUCAGUGUGAGAGACGAGUAGAUGAACGGUGUUUUUUUCUGCAUGCACGCCAUGAUUUAUGAUGGGAUUUAAAGUGAAUUGACCAGAUAUGUACGUCUUGUGCA